GCUCGCCCGCCCGCCGCCGGCGCCGCCGCCCAGCUAUCGGGCCGCGGUGGCUCAGACCGCGGCUGCGGCGGGCGCGGGCGGCGGCGGCCCGCCCGUCCUGGGACCUUCGCCUGCGCGCCUACCCGCGGGGGAUCGGUGCGCGCUCCGGCCCUCCGCCGGGACCGGGACGUCAGGCCCCCGGCCCCGCCGCCCCCCCACGAUGAGGAAGUUGAGGCUCAGAGAAGGAAAGUGAUACACUCACGUCCUGUGAUCCCCAGGAACCAGGUGGUCAGUCGCCGGGCCCAUGCCGUGAGGCCGCCACCAGCAUGCCUUGGGACGCACGGCCCGGCGGCGGUGCGGAUGGUGGGCCGGAGGGCGCAGGCGCGGCGCGCUCCCGGGCGCAGAAGCAGUGUCGCAAGUCGUCGUUCGCCUUCUACCAGGCCGUCCGCGACCUGCUGCCGGUGUGGCUGCUCGAGGACAUGCGGGCCAGCGAGGCCUUCCACUGGGACGAGCGCGGCCGCGCCGCCGCCUACUCGCCCUCCGAGGCGCUGCUCUACGCGCUCGUGCACGACCACCAGGCGUACGCGCACUACCUGCUGGCCACGUUCCCGUGCCGCGCGCUCGCGCCGCCCAGCGCCGGCUUCCGCUGCUGCGCCGCGCCCGGGCCGCACGUGGCGCUGGCCGUGCGCUACAACCGCGUGGGCAUCCUGCGCCGCAUCCUGCGCGCCGUGCGCGACUUCCCGCCCGAGGAGCGCGCGCGCCUGCUGGACCGGCGGGGCUGCGGCCGCGUGGAGGGCGGCGGCACGGCGCUGCACGUGGCCUGCGAGCUGGCGCGCCCCGAGUGUCUCUUCCUGCUGCUCGGCCACGGCGCGUCGCCCGGCCUGCGGGACGGCGGCGGCCUGACGCCGCUGGAGCUGCUGCUGCGCCAGCUGGGCGGCGACGCCGGGGCCACCAAUGCUGCCGCCGCCGCCGCCGCCUCCGGGGUGCCCACCGCGCCCGGGGAGGCGCGCCAGCGCCGCCUGCUGCUGCUCGACCUGCUGGCGCUGUAUGCACCCGCCGGCGCCGCCGCGCCCGCCCGCCGGGAGCUGCUGGGCGACCGGCCGCGCUGGCAGCGGCUGCUGGGCGAGGACAAGUUCCAGUGGCUGGCGGGCCUGGCGCCGCCCUCGCUCUUCGUGCGCGCCAUGCAGGUGCUGGUCACCGCCAUCUCGCCCGGACGCUUCCCCGAGGCCCUGGACGAGCUGCCCCUGCCGCCCUUCCUGCAGCCGCUGGACCUCACGGGCAAGGGGUAGACCUUGCCGGGGGUUGGGGGGAGACACCCCCUGGGCGCUGGAUUUUUGGAAAAUCUAUUUUUCAGAGCGAUGUACCCAGCACUUUACAUAUAUUGGUCUCUGUAUGGGAGAA